GUCAAUUAGUAAAAAUGCCAACAAUUCCACCAGCACCACCGCUUCCUCCCAUUUCCUGCUUUAUUAAAUCUACUUUCAUUGAUCCAAAUAAUAAUAAAUUUAUCUCAAAUCGAGUUGAAUUUAGAGUGUGUUUAUGGGCCAUUAAAGAUCCUGAGGUCCAACGAGCAUGCUUCUUUGCAAGAACUAGUCUUGAUUCAUCUCCAAAAGAGUGCAGCUACAUGAGAGUUGAUCCAAUUUUACAAACUGGACCAACCUGUGGAUUGUGUGCUCUGUCAAUGCUUUUCUGUGGAUUGCCGACAGCUGAUGAAUUACUUCAGAAAGCAAUAAAGCUUCAAUUUUCUAGAAAUGGUGAAAUGUUUUCUGCAAAUUGGCUCCUGCAGCUUUUAAAUGACAAUUUGAGUGUGGCAAAUGUAAAAUUUCCUGACCGAAUUCGUUCCUACCUUUUCGAAGGAGUUUUAAAUUCCGAUUUUAUCAAAGAGAAAUUAAGACAACAUUCUAUGCUGUUAGUACCUUAUGAUGCUGACAAGAAUCAUUCACCAUGUAUGCUCAAUGGUCAUAAAGCUCAUUGGACAUUGAUUUGUGGCUAUUUAAUUGAUGAUUCAGGAGAUUUCCACGUUUUUGCACGCCACGGAAAAACAAAAAAUCUCGGGUUAUUUUCACUAAAAGACUUGAGCGAUAGUAAUAGUAAUUUGAGAGAAUUUGCGCAGCCCGAAUGGCAUCCUAAUGAUACCUUCCUACUCCCAGAUGGUGGAAUUGAUGGAAAACUAGGCUUGAAAUCUAAAAGUAUUGUGGUUGAAGGUUUAUCUAAUGAAAUUGUUAAAGUCGUAUGACACUCAUAGUUUAUUUUAAUUAAUGUUAUUUGAAUUAUAUUUAUUUUUAUCUGAACUACUUACGUUACCAACUCUAUUUAUUUAUUUUCUAAUUGGAUGGUGUCUUUGUUGGAUUUAAAGCUGAAAUACAGGGAAUUUUUGUUAAAGGAAUAAGGAUUAGAGCUUUAAGGUUGUUUAGAAAAUGAUGUCAGUGUUUUAUAAAUUUGUGAACGACCUUAGUUAUGUUUUGUGAGAAACAGAAAAGACAAAAAACUAGCAAUUCACUAAGGUUGUACAUUAUUGGCUCAUAUAAUAGAAUCAUG